UGAUGCCUUAAUCAACAUAGAACGUGGUGGGCGUUUAAGAAAGGUCCCCGGAUGCAGUUGUGAUUGACUGUACACUGCUAAAAAGUUUCGCUCUAGUCGAGAGGUGCGUCUGCAGUCCGUGUGGUAGGUCGGUGUUAGGAAGGCAACAGGACAGGAGACAGAAUGCAGAACGUAAAGUGUGUAGUGGUGGGGGACGGUGCCGUGGGUAAAACAUGCCUCCUCAUCUCCUACACCACCAACGCUUUCCCUGAGGAGUACAUCCCCACCGUGUUCGACAACUACAGCGCCCAGAUGACGGUUGAUGGCCGCAUCAUCAGCCUCAACCUGUGGGACACAGCCGGACAAGAGGAGUACGACCGCCUCCGCACUCUGUCCUACCCCCAAUCCAACGUCUUCGUCAUCUGUUUCUCCAUUGGGAGUCCUUCCUCCCACGCCAACGUCCGCCACAAGUGGCACCCGGAGGUGUCUCACCACUGCCCCAGCGUGCCCAUCCUCCUAGUGGGGACCAAGAGGGACCUGAGGAGUGAUGGGGAGACGGUGAAGAAGCUGAAGGAGCAGGGUUUAGCUCCCACCACACAGCAACAGGGGAACAGCAUGGCUAAGCAGAUAGGAGCGGUGAAGUACAUGGAGUGUUCUGCUCUGACACAGGAAGGGGUCAGGGAAGUGUUCAACGAGGCAGUACGGGUUGUGUUGUAUCCCGUUACCAAAAAGAAUGCCAAGAAGUGUGUACUGUUGUAAUGGAGGGACACAGAUGGGGAGAAGGAGGGAGAGACAAUGACGGCGCAAGGUUGAGUUUGUUGGAGGAGAUGGACUCAGCCCCCAGGCCUCUCGGCCCCCUCUGCCUCUUGGCCCCCUCUGCAUCUCGGCCCCUUUGCCUCUCGGCCCCUUUGCCUUUAAUGACUCUUGAUUCAGCUCACUUUUCUCCUUCCUCCAGCCCCUCAAAAUCAAAUCUGGAACUCAGUCAGUUCCACUGCUUUUUCCCCUAAUUCCCCUCUAAUCAGGGACUGAUUUAGACCUGGGACACCAGGUGGAUGAUUCUCCUCUAAUCAGGGACUGAUUUAGACCUGGGACACUUGGUGUGUGCAAUUAAUUACAAGGUAGAACAGAACCAGUUGUUCGGACCUUUGUAGGGUCAGAGCUGAGUACCCUGGCUCUAUUCCUUGUCCUCAGAGUUUAAUCCACUUCUAAUUCUAUCAUCACCAAGUUGACUAUUCCAACAGGGUGCAGAUAGCCUCACUCCUCCCAGUCCGCUCAAACCUGUGUUAGUGUUAUCACUUGAUUUUUUUGUUGUUUUGUUGCAAUGUUCGAAAGAUGCUUCUGCGUAAAUAAUCGGUCUGUUUUGUUUCGUAUGAUCCCUUGCCAUUAAGAUGUUUCUUAAUAUGCCAUGUUGGCUGAUAGAGAUGCAGAGAUGAGCUCUGCCUUAGUAAGAGGUUAAUCAUUACCUCAAUCACAGCCUCUCCAGUCGGUUAUUCAGGCUAUCCAUCCAGGACUGUUGAAAACACACCUGGAAAUAGCCUAUACGUUUUGGGCAUCUUCUUCUGUACCGUUCUCUGCUUUAGCUAGGUGUCCAGUUUACCUUCUUAAUGUCCCUUCAAAUGGAUAUUAGCCUAAUCCAAGUAUGAUGCAAGGGCCAAAGCAAUGGGUUUGUGUGCAGACAUUUUAAAAUCAAUCAAUGAAUGGAUUGGUUGGAUGAAUGUUGUGAGUUUGUAUGAUUUAAUGCUGACAGGAAUGGUGGAAUGACGGACAUAUCAGAUUGUCGGUUCUAGUUAUUUAUGCCAAUUACAUUUUAAUGUGCCUAAUUGUAAGAUAUCUGACGUUUAUUGUAUCUACCUUAUUGAUUAUUUGCUUUAGAUGCCAAAACUGUUGAGUAGGUGUGUGUGUGUGUGUGAGAGUGAGAUACUAGAGUUGAUUAAACUCCACGUUACAUCCUCUCAGAAGAACCAAAGCUUUAAAUGAAACCAAAGCUUCUUAAUCAAAGUUCCAUGAAACCACUUUUUGACACAAUGUUUCUCCCCUCGGUCUACUCUAAGACGGAUGUAGCCCCAUAACUGACAUCAGAGCAGUGUUGUGGGUGUUGUGGUGUGAACUUGUGUUCACAGCCCUUAGCGUUUGCCUCUAGAAUGCUACAACCUAUAUAAUGCUGGGGUUUGAUUACUGGUUGUGAUAACUGACAAUAACUACAACAGGAAAUAGGGCUAAGAUUGCACAUUUAUUUUGGCAUAUUUGUUUUUGCAUUUGAUGAAGUAAAUGAAACAUGGGCAGUAUAGUCUGGACAUUUGAUAGGGUAUCAUGCUGAAAAUGUACAGGGUCAGACCUAUUUACAUGUGCAUCACAAAUGGCACCCUACUGCCUUUUUAGUGCUUCAAGGAAGUAAUAGGGUACCAUUUGUGACUCACUCAGAGUAUUAAAGAAUAAAACCAAGAGAGCAAUUAAAACUCAUUCCUAUUUUAUAUAAUCUUUUUUUUUUAAAUCUAUAUAUUCAGGUGUUCAGCUGGUAUUUUGAAUAUAAACUUAACAGUAACCAAUCAUGGGAGUUCACGCCUAGGUAGGGAGAGAGAUGCAAAUGAUUGUUUGAGGAAAAAAAUCUGUGUGUGAAGAAACAUACCACUCCACCUCAAGUUCUAGAGGGAGUUUUUAUUCUGUCAUGUGGAGAUCCUUCAGGGCUCCGUGGAAACAGAUGUUGGUUGAACAUAUUGCUGAGACUGUUUGGAGUGUUUAGGAGAAUGAAAGCAUGUCUGUCAGUGUAAAUGCUAUGGGUUGCUUGUUGUGCUACCGUGUCCUGAUAUUUACUCUGUCUAAACAGAACACACACCUGUGGCUUUUUUGUCUGCGGUCUUACAGCUAGCUGUGUGUGUGUGGGCCAGUGUUUCCAGAACUCCUGCGGCCCCCAAGGGGGUUCAUGUUGGGUUUUUGCCCUAGCACUACGCAGCUGAUUCAAAUAAUGAAAGCUUGAUGAUUUUUGGAUCAGCUGUGUAGUGCUAGGGCAAAACCCCAAAUGUGCACCUCUUGGGGACCCUGGGACCGAGUUUGGGAAAUAAUGGUGUAGGCUAGUGUGUAUGUGUGGGGUACUCUAUAAUACAAGGCUGGUGUGUGGGGUACUCUAUAAUACAAGGCUGGGGUGUGUGUGUGUGGGGUACUCUAUAAUACAAGGCUGGUGUGUAUGUGUGGGGUACUCUGUAAUACACUGGGAACUUGAUUUGUUUGUAGAAUUUUUGUAAUUUCAUAUAUUCUGAACAAAAAUAUAAAUGCAUUAUGCAACAAUUUUUUGGGAUUACACUGAGGUACAAUUCAUAUAAGGAAAUCAGUCAAUUUAAAUUAAUGAAUUAGUCCCUAAUAUAUGGAUUUCACAUGACUGGGAAUACAGAUAUGCAUCUGUUGGUCAAAGAUAUCAUAAAAAAUGGUUUCACGCUAUCUCUAUGCAUUCAAAUUCAAUAAAAGGAAAUUGUGUUCA